CCACAGGUGGUCACGUGAGCAAACAUCCUUCUGAGGAACUUCCUGACAUUUAACUCUACUUCCCAACUUUUCCUCGCAACGCAGAUUUACAGAUUUACCAGAAAUGAUUAAGAAUAUAAUUAAAGUCUCUCUGUUGUUGUUAGAUAUAGGCUAAUAAUAUUCGAUAGUAAAUAAUGUCAGUCGUCGCUGUCCGUUCGUGCGGCGCGUUUAAUCGGAGCGCUACCUGAAGAUAAACACUCCGAGAACAACCGAUGACCUACUGCACUACAUCUGUAUUUUAAAUGACAUUUUGAUCUUGAUUUACAUCAGCAUAAUGAUCUGUGUUUUAUCUAUCUGCUUCUUACUAUGGAAAGGUGUGUCUGGUGCUGAAGAUGCAGUGAAGUCAGUAUCAGUGACGGAGGGAGAUUCAGUCACUCUAGAUGCUGGUCUUAUUGAAACACAGAGGGUUGAUCUGAUACUGUGGACGUUUGGACCUGACAGCAAUCGUAUAGCUCAAAUCAACAAAAUGAUCAAUAAGGUCUCGAUAUAUGAUGAUGUUCUUGAUGGGAGAUUCAGAGACAGACUGAAGCUGGACGAUCAGACCGGAUCUCUGACCAUCACAAACAUCAGAGCUGAACAUGCUGGACUUUAUGAACUACAGAUCUUUGGCGGAAAAGAGGUCCCACCCAAAAAAUUCAGUAUUGUUGUUUCUGCUCGUCUGCCUGUUCCUGUCAUCAGCAGAGACUGUUCCUCAUCAUCAUCAUCAUCAUGUUCAUUGGUGUGUUCAGCUGUGAAUGUGGGUCAUGUGACUCUCUCCUGGUACAAAGGAAACAGUUUAUUGUCCAGCAUCAGUGCGUCUGAUCUCAGCAUCAGUCUCUCUCUACCUCUGGAGGUGGAAUAUCAGGAUAAAAACACCUACAGCUGUGUGCUGAACAAUCCCAUCAGCAACCAGACUCAACAUCUGGACAUCACUCACCUCUGUCACACAUGUUCAGUGGAUGAGUCGACGAUCCUAACAGAAAGUGGUUUACCAUUCAGUCAUAUGGUGCUGAUCUGUGGCUUUGUUGGAUUAAUUGUCCUAGUCGUUGCUGCUAUUGGGAUGUUCACUAUCCACAGGAAAUGCAGAAAUACAAAUCAAAUGGUCUCUACUAAUGAGGGAGACAUACAAAACGUGCAGGGCUGCUGGUACUUCAGGGCUGGUUUGAGAACCACUGCUUUAGGGCCGAAGUCCUGGACAAACACUGAGCGGAAUAAUGUUUGUUCAGCUGAUGAGGUCAUUCUGGAGAAAGUUGAACUGAAGACGGUGUCGGUGACGGUGGGAGAGUCCGUCACUCUAAACACCGGCGUCACUGAAAUACAAGGUUUUGAUGUGCUACACUGGAGGUUUGGAAAAUCAGGCGCAGAUGACACAAAUCCGUUUGUUGUCAUUGCCAGACUGAAUGAACUGAACAAUAGCGGUUGUUACAAUCAUGAUGAGAGUUUUAGAGACAGAAUACACCUGGAUCAAAACACUGGAUAUCUCACAAUCAGUGACAUCAAACCUACAGACUUUGGAGUUUACAAACUAAAUAUCACCAGAAAUGGACAAAAUAUGAUCUCCAAGACAUUUCUUGUCCAAGAUUCCUCAGAAAGCAGAGAGGAUGCAUCAGAGGAGACAAACUCACUGUUGAAGAACGGACAGAUCACUGAAAGCACGUGUCUAUAGUGACAUUAUCCCUGUGCGCUUUUACAAGCCUUUAAAUCGAUCACUCUGGUAAAUGCGUUUGAAAUGAAUGCUUCAUACCUGUGAAAGGUAUAACGGGAAAGGGUUUGUUUUAACUUUACACUAACAUGUUUUUUGGUUAUUUUUAAAGUUGAUGAAAUGUAUUACCAUUAACAGUGAUCUUGUCUGCUAUGCAGAUAUUCAUUAUGUAUAUUUCAUGUCUGUUACAUUGUAUUGUUAGUUACGGUUUUGAACAGUGUUAAAGAGAUAGUUCACCCCAAAAUUAAAAAUUCUGUCAUCAUUUACUCACUCUAAUGUUGUUUCAAAUUCAUACGGUUUUAUAACAACUUGAGGGUGAGUAAAUGACAGGAUUUUCAUUUUUGGGUGAACUAUCUCUUUAAUGAACAGAAGAACAUAGUGUUUGGAUGUUUUCUGUCCUCUAGUGGACAAUCAGUAUGUUGGGAUUGUGGGUUUGAUUACAGUUUUAUAAUGGUAAAGAGAAGCUGCAUUUUUAGUCGCAUUAAAAACAAAACAUGGAUUUAUUUUUAUAACAUUUUAAUAUUAAUAAAAACACGCAUUUUAAGUAA